AUGGAAAGGGCAACAGGAACAGAGGUAUACGGGUGUGGCUCGCCCCAAUCCUCGGACAUAACGCUGAAUAUACAGACUACCACGGGUGGUAAUUUCUCCGUCAGUUUAAACGGUAAAAACACAGUGGAGCAUCUCAAGAAGUUAGUUUCGAAGAAAUUAAAGGUGUCGAAGGAUAGAAUAUGCUUACUUCAUCGCGAAAGACAACUAAGGGAUGGCACGCUAGAAGAGAACGGCCUUCAAGACGGAUCGCGGGUUAUACUUCUGCCAAGCGUCGAGACAGGCCUGCUGAGCCACAGGCCCGAAAACUCUGUGAUGCAAGCACUGGAAUCCUUAAAUGACACCCAGGUUAAUGACUUCUUAAGCGGUAAAUCUCCACUGAAUUUGACUAUGAGACUAGGUGACCAUAUGAUGCUGAUUCAGUUGCAGCUGUCCACCUUAAACUCCAGUUCUUCCAGUAGUUCCAGGUCAUUGAGGACUGCCACACCUGCAAAGAGUUCUACAUCAUCUGCAUCAUUAAGAACUGUAACAAAGUGUGACACCAGGGAAUCACCCAGCCCUCAGACCACACCACCUACCUGUACACCUGUGCCUAUGGAUCAUUCCUACAUUAGUAGUGAUAGUGUUAAACCUGAAGUUCAUUCGCCUUGUUUACCACAUGGUCUGCAAAAGGAUUUUGAAAUGCUUCAAAAUUAUUUUGAUUUAUACCGAUCACUUGCAGAAGAAAAAUUGAGUGAAAAACCUGAUACCUGUCAUGAGAAAGAAGAAACAAUAGACACUACAAACUGUACAAUUUCAGAUUUGUCUGAUGCAUCAAUAGAAAAUGAACAGUCCCCUAUUAAGUCCUUAUCCAAUUUGGUGUCUAGUCCUAUUGACACUACAGAGGCCAACUUUCGAGCGGAGCAAGCAGCUCUCGCGAAUACUGUAAAGAAUAAUCUGAUAAACCUGCUAUCGAGAGAUGAUAUAGAUGAAAUUUCAACAUCAACAACAAUGUGUGAUAAACAAAGCCCGAAUACAUCUUCUCAUACACCAGACAGCUCAGAUGAUAGUGAUAAUUUUACUGAUCAAAGUUCAUUCCUUGCUGAAAGUACUAUUGACGAGUAUCCAAUGGAAAACCUAUUUAACAGUGCAGUAGACAAAGGAUUGUUUGAAGACCAGGAUGAAUCUAUGAUGGAUAGAGAAAUAUCAAAUUUGGCUACCACUAGUCAUGGCAGUCAAGAAGCCAACUCAGGGACAUUACCAUCAUUCCAAAGUAUAAACGAACCUUUGAAAAAUAAGCGCUUCCAAUAUUUACUUCAUAAAACUUCCAAAUUCAAACAUCCUAUAGGUCAAAAUAAACAGAAAGCAUUUAUGCAAUCUGUUGUAAAUAAACACAAAAAGAGGAUGCAGAGUCGACAAGACACUAGUUUGUCUCAGCCUUCUACCUCCAGAACAGAACCUUAUAUAACAAAUUCUAGAAAAUUAAUUUUACAACCUAGUACUGGACAAAUUGAUGAUAAUGCUACACCAUCUACAUCAAAGCAAACCACAUUUAAAGCUCCUGAUGCUCCAAAAAAACCACAACGAGUAUCACCACCACCCCCUGUAGACACUAAAGCUCUUAUAGAAGCAUCAAAAAAUUUAACACAAAAACUGAAAAAGCUCUCCAAAGAAGUUCUAACAAAUAAAAUUGAUUUGAGAGCUGCAGAGGAGUCUGUGCGUGCGAAGUAUGGCCCGGGAGCUGUGAUAGAGUCCAUGAAGCAUCAUGGCAAAGGAAUUUAUUCAGGGACAUUUUCUGGCACAUUGAAUCCUGCUUUACAAGACAGAUAUGGCAGACCAAAGAGAGAUAUAUCAACUAUCAUUCAUAUACUGAAUGACUUAUUGUGUGCUGCACCACCUAUUGCCUUGGCCCAGAAGGACCCCAGCCAUUCGUGCAUAUCGGAAGAGCCAAACAAAUGUUUGGGCUGCAGCCAACCUUCGUGUUCGUAUGGACAGUGUGACGGUCAUCUGCCAUCCACAUCCGCCACGCCUACCAAGCACUGCUCGUGCGAACUCAAAAACUGUCAGUGUAAUCGACUCGAGCCUAAACUCUGCGUGCUAUGCGUGGGCAAAGCCGGCAGCGAGAUAUGCAAGAAAUGUGAUACAGCCAAGACCGUAGCUAUGGAAAAUUCAAAAACCAAAUGCAAACUCGAACAACUCCGGCUCGUAAUGCAGCAGAAGAAACAGAGGCGAGAAGCUCGGAAACUACAGACUCUGCCUUACACCAACUCGCCUUCGAAGAUACCCUCGCCUGAGCAGGCGCCCGUCAUGCAGGAAGAAAUAGAAACACUUGCUUAA